AUGAACGGUUCAGCAAUUAUUGGAGAUGCACACUGGGAGCGGAGAGCAGCUCUUCAAGCGCACAUGGUCAAAGAGCAGACCGUGAGCCUGGCUUCUGAGCUUGCGGAAGACAUUGUGGCAUCCGCAGUGACGGAUGGAUGGAAGCUUCUGCCACCGCCGCUCCCGGACCUUAGUCAGCCUGCAGUGCAGGAGAGGCUCUUCGAAGAAGUGAAUGGUGCGGAUGGCCUAUUCUGGUCGCACAAUGCUUGGACCAUCUUCUCCGAGCUGCAAGAAAAGGUCGAUCGGGCCGUCCCUUCAAAUGCACCGGCAGACACAGGUCAGGGAGAGCCUUCCUUCGAGCCUCCACAGGGUGCCCGCGGCCUGAGGCCGGUGCCAAAGGUGGAGCCUCCCGCAGCUGAGCCAAUGACUCCGGUGGAGCGAUUAGACGUCCCGUCCUUGAAGAGGAUGCAGGCGCAGAUUGAUAGGCUUCCAAACCCGGAGCCUGAUGAGAAUGGUAUAGUUCCCAGGUCAGCAAAGAGCGAGCUUCAGUGGGAGCUAGACCGAGCUGCGCGAUGGGCAAGGCGUCAGCCCCUGGAGCGCUCGCCCCUUUGGUGGCUUGCCUAUGAGACAAUGCUGGAGAUUGCAUCAGUUCUUCCGGGCAAGUGGGCGGCAACACGUCAGCGAAAUGGGCUGGAACCUCUUCCCUUCCUUGUCCCGCCUGAUGAUGAUGCCUCCCCGGAGGAGGUGGAGGAAUACAACCAAAAGCUGGAGGAGAGGAAGGCCAAACUUGCGCCUGAAGAGAAGGAGGCAGAGGUUCGGGACAUCUUCUGUCGAGGCUUCAUGAAAAACAAGUUUGGGCCGGCCUGCACGCGAUUUGAGGUGGUCGCCCAAGAGGCGACGGUCAUGGCUCGCAUCUCUCGAGCUGGUGCCCUUUCCUUGGCUGACAGAUUGCGGCCAUACCUGGGCCAAGCAUCUGCUGAGGCGCCAGAGGGAGACGAGCUUGAGGAAGGAGAGGAGGCUCCAGCUGACACUCAGGACUUGGGAGACGGAGUUCUGGUGUCAAUGGCCGCCAUUGAAGGUGAGCUGGCCGAUUUCAUAGAAACGAUGCAGCUGCCAAUUCGAGCCUCAGCGGCUGAGGAGGAAGCAGCAAAGGCAGAACUGGACAAGCCAGUCGCGGUCGAUGAGGAUGGCAAAGAAACCAUCCCUGCUCCGCUUCUCAUCAUUCUUGGGGGUGGCUUCAGUGCACAGGAUCAAGAGGAAACUCUACUCAAGAAGCUAGAGCUCCUCAUUGGACUGUCGCGCUUUGCCGAGCACGAGAAGGGUGGAGUGCACGUCUUCAUGGGCGGUGCGCUCGCCUCCUAUGUUUUGUCAGGCGUGCUUGGCAUGUCCAUGGGCCUUGGUGCUAUGAAUGGUGCGAUCAAAGCAUCGCUCAGAGAGGCUCUCUUGGAGGUCAUGAGGAUGGGUGUCUCGAUUUCGCUGCCACUUGAUUUGGUCUGCGAGGAGCUGGCAUCCACUGAGGAUGGAGAUGAGGCCGCCGAGCCGCAGGAUGCGAAUUCGGGGCUUGCGGCGCCACUGGCCGCUGCCUGGAGACAAGUUGCAAGCACGCCGCUCUUUCUUGGCUAUUCAGAUUGUCGUGAGUGUUAUGUCUCUGUGGAUACCCAGCAUGGCAUCCUUCAUCUUCAAAAAUGCGAGCCAGGAGAGCUACCGCGCUCUCAAGAUGCUCCAGAAGAAGAUGCGGCUCCGAUAGAGGCUGAUGGUGAAGCCGCGACCACGCCUGCAGUUACGACCAGUGGCAUUCCCGAUGCGUGGACUGUGCGGGACAUUGGCCCUGCAGCAGUGGAACAGCUCAGGAUGCUUCUCCGGCGAAGUCGCGGGGCCAUCUGGAAUGGAGCUCUCGGCUGCCAUGAGGAAGAAAAGUGGCAGAAGGGAACCCACGAGCUCAUUGGCCUACUGGAGGGCCGUUUGACUGGCGCUGGCGAGGCUGAGGAGGACGAGGAGGACGAAGAGGAGGAGGAAGAAGAUGAAGAAGGUGAUGAGGGCGAGGACGAGGAAGCCAAGCCAAGGAAAGAGCCAAAGGUACCCAAAGAACGGCCAGCGGAGUUUGAGGUAGCUGCUGUUCUGGGUCAUGACAGUUCUCGGCUGCUCUCGGAGAUGGCAGAGAACCCUGCACUUGUCUCUUUUGUAUCGGCGACAGGAGAGGGGCUCCUCCGAAUUCUCCGUGGUACGCCGCUGCCCGGGCCAUCAGCAAAGAAGCAGGCAGCUGCAUAG